AUGCAAACUCUAAGGCUUAAUCUCCAUUUCAAGCAUCCAAAUCUAAGCACUCCAACUGCAAAUCUUCCAUCUGUCGUUCCAAUCAAAUCCAAAUCACAGGUUAAAUACCCAUCAAAAAAUGUAUGCUCAUCACAUAUUCCAAAAACUACAAGCAUCCCCAGACAAAGAAUUAGUACUCCCAGAAAUUCAAGCCAUUUUCAAAAUUCCCACAAGCUAGAAAAUUUCUCAAAAGAAAAGUUUUUCCCUGAGAGCUCAGAAGGGUACUCAAAACUUGUAAUUUUGGGGACAGUUUCUGUAGGACUUGCUAUUUUUCUUAUGGGAAUUGAUGAGCACAAGGCUUUGGCUUUGGGGCCCGAAGGGCCAUUGAUGGAAGAUUUUUGGGACAACAUGAGGAGAUAUGCAUUGUAUGCUUUAACAGUAAGUACUGGAGUUAUAUACACUGUUUUUCAGCCUAUUGUGGAGUUGUUGAGGAAUCCCAUUUCUGCAAUUCUUGUCUUGACAAUAAUUGGAGGAGGCAUUUUCAUUGUUUCCCAGGUUGUAUCUGCCAUGGUUGGUUUGUCUGAUUUUUCUUAUGAUUAUAGCUAUUAG